AUGCAAAAGAGAGCACCAAAUUUACUUGGAAAACGCAAACUGGAUAAAACCAUGGUGAAAGUAACUCUGCUUUGCAGGUUAUAUCAUAAGAAUCUUGUAAAUCUUAUUGGUUAUUCCAAACAAACAGUCGAAGCGCUGGUAUAUGAAUAUAUGGAUUGCGGAACAUUGAACGGUCAUCUAUAUGGUUUGCUAUACUUGCAUCAAGGUUGUAAUCCACCAAUCAUUCACAGAGAUAUAAAGUGCACUGAUAUACUUUUGGAUGAAAGAUUGAACGCAAAUGCAGCUCACUUUGGUCUAGCCAAGCGGCUGGACAGAUCCCAAACCUAUGUUUCAACAGCGUUUUGGAGUGGUUUUGCUGGAGAUAAUUUCUGGAAAAUCGCAAGUGAAAAUAUAUUGCCAUUGGCAAGAGAGCUACUGUCAUGCGGUAGAAUAGCCGACCUUAUGGAUUCUUCAUUGGAUGGCCACUACAAAUUAUCAAGCGCUUGGAAAGUUGCAGAGGUGGCAUACGCAUGCAUGGCACAAAAAUCAAUAGACAGACCGACAAUGAGCACGGUGGUGGACGUGUUGAAGGAAACAGUGGCCCUAGAGAUCGACGAUAGGGGUCAAUAUGCGCAUAUUCCGGAUUUGACAUUCCAUGAAUCUGACGUGAUGCCGAUGGCGAGGUAG